AUGACCGGUGAUUCCCCGGCGAGUGAAGCGUCAAGACGGUCGACCCCACGUGGAAGCAGCUCAGCAAGCAGUAUAAGCACAGCCCAUAGUGGAGCUAGUAGCAGCGGUAGCUCAAGUUCAAGCGAUUACGGCGAAGACCAGGACCAUGACCGAAUGGCUGAUGUUUCGGAAAUCACUCGAGUACCAUUACGGCCGCACUCAAAAUCGCGUAAUCGUCGAUUACCACGAACAGGUGGUGGUGGUGCCAAUAAUGGUACGACAACAUACCCGUCAUCCUGUGUCCCCAAAGCUCCACAAAUAUCCGUGACCAAUACAGCUGUGACUGCUGAGCACUAA